AUUGGAGCGUGAAGUGAAAGUCAAUUUGCCAACACUACAAGUUGCAUACUAGCAUACGGUCUAUUAGAAGUUGACACAGGUAAUGUAAAUGUAACCUAGAUACAUACAACCGAGUCUUUGGAGUUGAUAAUGUCACAAUGUGACAGCAUUUAUGGCGAGUGAAAGUUGCAGAGUAGCUUUCCAACUUUCCGAUCAAUCAGCUGUUACCCGUGGCAGACACUGACAUUUGAGACUCGUCAUCUGUAGGAAAAUGGAACCUUCCUAUGGAUCUACUGAUCCAGCUGAUGUGAAAACACAUAUAAAUGGAGAAGAGACUGACCAGCCUCCAAAGACGACGAUAGCAGAUGACAGCUUACUUCAAUCAAAUGCAGAAGAGAAAAUCAGUGGGAAGGCAUGGGGGCGAGUCAAGAAUGUGUUCACAAGAAGAAGAAAAUAUCCUGUCAGUAUAUUUUUUAUCCUCGGGAAUGAAUUCUGUGAAAGGUUCUCCUACUAUGGAAUGAGAGCUAUCCUCGUCCUUUACCUGACACGAUGGCUGAAGUUCACGGAUGACCAUGCCACGGCUAUCUUCCACGCCUUUGUGAUGCUGUGUUACUUCAGUCCACUCUUUGGCGCCAUUAUUGCUGAUGGUUACCUCGGACGACUCAAAACAAUCUUGUAUGUGUCAAUAAUCUAUGCCGCUGGGAACCUGGUGAUGGCGCUCACUGCUCUGCCUCCACCUGAAUGGAUUGGCCCGAUGAUAGGACUGAUUUUGAUUGGGCUAGGCACUGGUGGGAUUAAGCCCUGUGUGUCAACGUUCGGUGCUGACCAGUUUAGACCUGAUCAGGAUAAGGAAAGGAUGACAUUUUUCUCUGCCUUCUACUUCAUGAUAAACCUUGGCAGUGUGUUGUCCAUCUUAAUCACACCUAUAUUGAGAGCUGAUGUCAGGUGUUUUGGAGGAGAGUGCUAUCCUUUAGCCUUUGGAGUACCUGCCAUUCUAAUGUUCUUAGCUACCAUCAUCUUCAUUGCUGGGAAAAGUCAGUAUAAAAUUACGCCCCCUGCUGGUAAUUUGGUGGGGAGAGUUUACAACUGUAUAAAGGCAGGAAUUAAGGGUAAGGUAAAAAACAGAGGGACCAAUAUGAAGAUGCAACAUUGGCUUGACUAUGCAGAGGAAAAAUUUGAGCCUGAGUUUGUUGAGGAAGUGAAGACUCUAUUAAAAGUAAUGACACUGUUUCUACCACUCCCAUUGUUCUGGGCACUGUCGGACCAGCAGGGAUCAAGAUGGACACUCCAAGCUGCCCAGAUGGAUGGUGACAUGGGAGUAUUUGGACGAUUAAAGCCAGACCAAGUCAUGGCUUUAAACCCUCUCCUCAUCAUCAUCCUAAUUCCUCUGUUUGAACAAGUUAUUUAUCCACUGUGUGACAAAUGUGGUAUACUGAACAGACCCCUACAGAGGAUGGUGUCGGGGAUGUUCCUGACAGGUGCAGCUUUUGUAGUGGCCGCCUUAGUUCAGAUGAAGCUGGAUGUUCACAGAGAAGUUCCUCUAUCCAUGACCCAGAGUGGUGUGACCUUUAUCAACACAUUCCCUUGUCCUGUAACUCUUUCCUCCGACAUCUACUCUGGAGACUUGUCAUUUACACAGGAGUCUGACUACCUAAGAGUACUACCAGGUUCUCAUGCCAUCUCUGUUACUACUAACUGUACCGGAAAUAAGGCAACAAAAAAUGUCACCUUUGACACCAGUUCUGCUUAUAGAAUUAUCAUUUUAAAAUCUGCCGAGAAGGGGAAUUUAGAAAUUUUCAAGGCUGAUGACCAGAGAAACAAGCCAAGGGAAGGUAACUCUGUUAUUAGCUUACUAAUGUCAAUGGACUCAAAGACAGAGGUUAGUGUGAAGCUUGUACCUCACUCCUACACCAAAGAGAAACUUAAACCCUCGCCUCCUGGGAUUCUGUUUUCUGUAUCCAGCUCUAGAGCCUCAGUAUAUAGGGAGGCCGACCCAGGCUUAUACAAUAUAUGGCAGCUAGUGAAAACGACUGUAAAUUCCAGCGAGUCCUGGCAGAUGACUAAUGCCAGUGUCAAUGUAGGAACAGGAGCCUCGUAUACCAUCCUGUUAUAUACCAACAGCUCCGACACAGUCCAUACUGUGAUAUACAGCAGUGUAACAGCUAACACUGUGUCCCUCCUUUGGAUGGUUCCUCAAUAUGUGGUCAUCACUGUCGGAGAAAUCCUAUUCUCGGUGUCUGGACUUUCCUUUGCCUACUCAGAGGCUCCAAAGUCCAUGAAGUCUGUUGUACAGGCAGCGUGGCUACUUACAACAGCGGUCGGGGAUCUUAUUGUAGUGAUAGUAGCGGAAGCACAGCUUCUACCCAGCCAGACAGCGGAAUUUUUCUUUUUUGCAGCCUUGAUGACAUUUGUAUCCUUUGUUUUCAUGUUGAUGUCUUUAUUCUACAAUUAUCACACUACUUCAAGUUCAUCAGAUCCUAGUACUGAUGAUACCACAGGACUUAUAACGAAGGGAGAUAACUCUCCUGACAUUCCUAUGCAACAUGUAAACUCAAAGUAAAAUUUAAAAAUUUGUUAACUUAAUUGUUAUUUUACUAUUCUUUCUCUUAAAUUUUGCAUGAAAUAGUUAUGAAUACAUAUUAAUUUAAUUCACUGUUUUAUUCUGUUGAUGUGUUUUGUAGACUUAAAUGCAGGCAAUAUGUGUUAUAUAAAUAGAUCUUGGGUCAUGGCUACUAGAUUGUUUUUGUUUAUUAUAACAUUGAUAAAACGAUGCCAGGCUUUUGUAUAAGACUUUUAGAAACAUGACUACGUUAUAAGACAAAUAUUUGGUUGUUUUAGAUUUCUCUGUGCAAUCUUGUUUUAAAAACAGUGGUUUGCUAACAUGAGUGUGUAAGAUAUCUUGUUUGAUCAUGUAAUGAGAAAAAAAAGUAAUGGGAUUGUUUUACCUGUUUUUUAUGAUUUUGUUGUGAAAACAAUAAUUGGGUUAUUUUUGAAGGUACCUAUCAUUAAUUAUGAUCAUUUUUUUUAUCUUGAAAUGAAAAAAAGUAAUAGUGUUGUUUAGAUAUCUUUUAUGAUCUUGUUGUGAAAACAAUAAUUGGGUGAUAUUUUAAAUAUCUUGAACAAUCUUGUUAUGAGUAUAUUUUUGCCAAAAUGAAUACAGUUAAAUUUAUUAUAAAGCCUAAAUAAAGGUAUAAGCAUUGUGAUUUAUUGUUUAUGUUAGUAAAAUUUCUACCAGGAGUAAGCCUUAAUGUUAACUCAUUUAUCCAUGCAAUUUCAUAAUGAACUAUUCCAACCUUUGAAUGGGAAGAGUUAAAAUGUGUCUUUAGGGGCGAGUCAAGUAGUGUUAUAAGCACAGUUGCCAUGUACAUAUUUUCCCACUGUUAAGGGUUGUACAUUCUAUCAAUGACGUGAUGAUCAGUCAUUAAUUUCCUCCAAUUUUGUCAUUUUUAGAAGAUUUAUAUUUUGAUUUAAUAUUGUUUAACAUCUUGGAUUAUUGGUUAUUACCCCUGAAGAUAAGUUCCUUUGAUCAUAUAAAAACUACUGUAGAUUCAAAAACAUGUUACCUAGAUCUGCUUCAAACAAAUACGGAACAGCAUUUGUGACAAACCAUAUGGUUUCAUUCAAAUCAUGAUUUAGAAACAAGCUGUGGAGGAUUUUAUUUUUCACGCAACUGAGCACAAGCUUGCUAUUGCCAUCACUUUCUGUCUCUCUCUUGCAAGAUUCCAGAAAUCAUCCAACACAAUUUGAUAUGAAUUGCCGUAAAUCAUCACGAGGAAAGUGUUUUCAUAUUCGUUCAUAUGCUAACGCUUUGCUUCUUUGGAGUUUUUGUGUUUUGAGAAAUUGAGAAACCUUCACUAAGUUUCUUAGAUUUGUUCAAAAUAGGCCUUCUAGGGCCUCACAAGGGGCCACCUGAGCUAACUAUUAGCAUUAGUAAUGACCAAAAUUAUUCUCUGAAAUAUAAUUUUCUUCUGUUCAUGUUUA